AUGAAGAGUUUCAAAAUUUUAACCUCAACAUUCAACACCACUUUCUUCCCUAUCUAUGAUAAUCUCUGCACCACCAAUCUUCUCACUCCUUCCUUCCAAAACCCGAAAACAAAACCUAUUGCUCAGAAUUUCAAACCCCAUUUUCUCCUAUGCGCUUCUCUUCCUAGUCCACAAGCUAGUAAUGCUUCCAUGGCUGAAGUGGAGGAACAAGAAGAGGUUGAAAUUGUAAAGGGUUACACCAUGACACAAUUUUGUGACAAAAUGAUAGAUUUGUUUUUGAAUGAGAAAACCAAAUCAAAGGAAUGGAGGAAGUAUUUGGUGUUUAGGGAGGAAUGGAAGAAAUAUAGGAAUAGCUUCUUCAUUAGGUGCCAAAGAAGAGCUGAGAUGGAGAAUGAACCAACAAAGAAGGAGAAAUUUGCUUCAUUGGGGAGAAGGGUGAAGAAGAUUGAUGAUGAAAUGGAAGGACAUUAUGAACUUCUCAAGGAGAUACAAGAUUUUCCGACCGACAUUAAUGCCAUAGUUGCACGAAGGCGCAAAGACUUCUCUGGAGACUUUUUCCGCUACCUCACUCUUAUUGCAGAUACUUAUGACAGCUUGGAGGAUCGUGAUGGGAUUGCGAGGCUUGGAGCUAAAUGCUUAUCUUCUGUCAGUGCAUACGAUAAUACUUUAAAGAAUAUGGAGACGUUAGACGCUGCGCAGGCCAAAUUUGAUGAUAUCCUCAAUUCUCCUUCAAUUGACGCAGCUUGUCAGAAAAUCAAAAGCCUUGCAAAGGCAAAGGAACUUGAUUCUUCAUUGGUAUUGUUGAUAAACGGUGCUUGGGCUAAAGCGAAAGAAUCUACCACAAUGAAGAAUGAGGUGAAGGAGAUAAUGUACCAAUUAUACAAGACAACAAAGAGCAGCCUAAGGACUAUUGCUCCAAAAGAAAUAAAGCUACUGAAGCAUUUGUUAAACAUCAUAGACCCCGAGGAGCGAUUCUCUGCCUUGGCAUUGGCUUUCUCUCCUGGCGAUGAACGCGACGCCAAAGAUCCUAACGCUUUAUACACCACACCGAAGGAGCUCCACAAAUGGAUUCAGAUCAUGCUCGAUGCAUAUAGUAUGAACAAGGAAGAAUCAGAUUUGAGAGAAGCUAGGCGAAUGACGGAUCCUAUAGUUAUUCAAAGAUUGUUUAUCCUCAAGGAUACCAUUGAGAAGGAAUAUAUGGAUAAAAAAGCAGUUCAGAAGUCUGAGACAGAAGAUGACUCCCAAUCAGAAGUGUUUUGA